CUGUUUUGCACAGCCCGAACAUUUCCACCGAGCUGGCGCGGUGGAAUAAAUUUCCCCUUUCAGCAGGCGGCUCUUAUCAGUAAUCUAUGACAUUUCUACAGGCUGUCGAUUGUUGAAUAUUGGCAAAGUAUUUGGUCUUGUCUUGUGUUUGCAAGCAAUGUCGUCUACCACUGAGAAGGCGAAACGACACAAGUCCAGAAACGGCUGCAUCACGUGCAAGAAGAAGCGGCUCAAGUGCGGCGAGGAAAAGCCCGCGUGCGCCAACUGUAUUCGCCGCAAGAUCGUCUGUGGGGGUUACCAGACCCGCUUCAAAUGGAAAGGUUUUACCCAGACUGCACCUUUCGAGUCGAUGUCGCGCAACUCGCGCAAGAGCUCUGAGUCUUCCGACGGUCUGCCCGACACCAAGCCUGUCGACGAGCCGGCUCCGGCUCCCGAGCAGGACGCCGCCGGUAGCCGCCAGCUGCCCUCCGAGGUGAUCCAAAAGGCACUUGAGGCUGCCACGUUGUCGAUGACGGGCAAAUCCACGCAGGAAAUCGCCAUAGCCAAUGCUCUGAUGGCGAGCGGGCGCAACCCGGACCUGGCCUCGUCGAUCGCGUCCACUUUAACCGACCUUGCAGCCAGAACUCCGCCCGUGCACUCUGUGGACACGCCGGAGAAGCGCGAGGACGAGCCAGCCAUCAAGCGAGAGGAGGAAAGCGUACUGUCUGACGCUCCGCUCAGUAAUUCGCCGCUGCUGGCCGCUAGUCCCGCAUUUAGCGACGCAGGACUCUCGCUCAGUCUCUACCACGACGCCUUACCCAGAGAAUCGCGUUUCGUGCCGGGUAAUGUACUCUACGACCUGCUCAACAGCGUCACAACACCAGAGGGCCGGGUCGACUCGCCCAAGCUGCUGGCACAGCUGGAAAAGAACCCGGCCGCCAUGGAAGAGUACCAGCAGCUGGUGGCCAGCCCGACAUACUCCUCGGCUUUCCGCACCGGAAACUCGCCGCUGGCACCCAUGUCGCCGCUGACCUCGUUGGACGACGCGCGCACACCCGGGUCGCCCGUCUUCUCCAACAUCGUGAGCGCGUUCACAUGUCUCGACCGCUCGGAGCCAUCAAGCCCCGACGGCCGCUCGGCGCUGGCGCCGCACCAUAUUCUCUCCAAAAGCCCGCCCAGCUCCAUUCCGCGAGCCAUCGAGAUAAAGGACAAAACGUUCAAGAUCCUCGGCGCAUACGAAACGUACACCAGCGCCAUCAUGUCGAUCAAAAACGGGCCCUCCGAGAACCCCUGGCGCACUUUGUUUUUGCCCAUGACCCAAGAAUACCCCGUGGUGUGCAACGCAGUGAGCGCUAUGGCGUGCUUCCAUCUCGCGCGCGGCGACCAGCAGCUGCGGUCGCAGGGCAUGACGCACAUGAAAAACGCCAUCGUCGAGCUGGUGCACGGCCUCAGUGACAAGACCAUCCCGCCCGACGUGGCGCUCGCCGCGUGUCUCGCGCUGGCCAUGAGCGAGGCAUGGGACCGUCACGUGACCACGGGGAUCGGGCACCUGCGCGGAGCACGGACGAUGAUCACGCGGCUGCUGAGCGCGCAACAGGCGCCGCAUCAGAGUGACCUCAAGUUCCUGUUCAACACGUGGAUGUACUUUGACGUGCUGGCGCGAAUGACGGCGACGGGCGACGCCGACGACGCCGACGACGGCGAGACUGUGGGCAAGAAAAAACCCACCGACUUCAACUCGCUCGUGGCGCGGUUCGAAGCGUCGCACGCACCUUCCGCGCAGGAUAUCGACCCGCUGCUCGGCGUGAUGCAGAAGCUGUUCCCCGUGAUUGGCAACGUGGCAACGUUGGUGCAGAAAGUCCGCAAGGAGUCGCGCAAUUCAUUAGGCGUCAUUACACAGGCGGUGCAGCUGAAGCAGGAGCUGGAGCGCUGGCGGCCGCCGACUCUGCGCAACUACCAAGUCGAGGACCCGCUUUUCGACCUGGCGUCGACCGUCGCAACGGCGGAGGCGUACAGGUACUCGACGCUGCUGUAUUUACACCAGGCUGUGCCGGAAAUCCCGUCCAAAUCGUCGCACAACCUGGCCAAGAAGGUGAUGAUGCUGCUGGCGUCGAUUCCGACCUCGUCGCGUACCUGUGUGACGCACAUUUUCCCGCUUCUCGUUGCGUCGUGCGAGGCAGAGCCCGGCGAGGAGCGCGAGUGGGUCAAAGCGCGCUGGGAGCUGCUGAGCUCCAAGAUGUGGCUGGGCAGCAUCGACCGCGCGCUGGAGGUGGUGAAGGAGGUGUGGACGCGCAAGGACAUUUUGCGGCGUAAAAGAGCGCAGGCGCAGCAGUCACGCAACGACGGCACCGACGACGACGACGAUGACUCGUUUGUGAGCCUGAGCCGCAAAAUCAACGUGGUCGUCCACGGUGGCGACGGUCCGCCCGACGACGACGACGAGCGCGUUGGCAGCUGGUCGCACUGGAGCACCGUCAUGAAAGAGUGGGACUGGGAGGUUCUGCUGGCCUGAUGCAUGUGUAUUAUAUUCAAUCUUAUUCAUCCUGGAAGUUGCAUUUAUCGUAAAACGACUCCCAAAGCUCGAUCAGCUCUUUCUGGCUCUCGAUCAGGCCCUCCCAGUAGAUCUCGAUGGUGCUUCGAAACUCGUCGACCUUCUCAAACUCGAACUUGUCGAGCUCGCGCUUGAAGUUCUUGUUGAACUCUGCUUUGAACUCCUCCUGCCGAGCAAUCGUGUUCUCCAUAUUGGCCAGCUCAUCCUCGUACUUCUUGAUCUUGUCGAACUGGUUGUGGUUCUUAGAUUUGAACUUGAUCAGGUUCUUUUGUUUUUUCGAGUGCUGGCUCUGCAAGUUCACAAUGUUGGUGCACAGCUUGAACCGCAUCUCGAAACAGUUGCGGAUCGACCCGAUCGUCCGGAUAUACUCGUCGAUCGUCGUCCCGAGCGUCAGGAUCUGCUGCAAGUUUGUCCGUUCCAGCAACUCUUUCACCUUCGACUGCAAUUCCUCGUAGUUUGCAAACAGCUCGCUCAGCUCUGCGUUGACCUCCAGAUCGGCCAGCUCCUGGAUUAUCAGAAUCAGCUCGUUCAUCGAUGUGAUUACGUCCUCGCGCUUCUCGACGAUCAUGUCCAGCGUCCUCGAUAGUGACCGAAGCUGCUGGUCCAGGCUCUCAAUGUAGUUCUGCUUCUCGAUGAUGAACUGGUCGUUCUCCACAUAUUUCGGCGUGCUAAUGCUGAUCAGCGAGCUCAGAAACCCGCCGUUCGAGCCGCCCGUGGCCGUGUUGAUGAUGGAUGAGGCCGAAAAGUCGUUCGCGCCGUCCUCACCCGCACUGAUCGACUGGUCGUCUCCGCUGCUACCGCCGUGGUAGUACAGAAACUCCCGCUCCUUCGACUCGGCCGCAAACCGCUCGCUCUGCAAAAACACAAUGAAGUCGUAGUCUUUCUGGAAAACGGACACGCGUGCGAUCUUGUUGAGCAUUUUUUCGAGCGCAAGCCGUCUGUUCUCAAUGAACUUCUCGUCGAAACGGCCAUACGCCUGCUUCUCCGGCGGCGGAGGAAUAAUGUAGCCCGGAUGGUUGUUCAUAAGCUGAUUGUACAGCCAGAGAAAAUCCCUGUAUCGCCGAGUCACCGUCGUGGUCUCACUCUUGAGAAGACUCGACUUGGUUUUCGUCGUAAUCGAGUACACGAUGUGCGCGUUGGUGAGCUCGCCAACUUUGAUCGGGUCGCCAACAAUGAUCUCGAAAUGGUCUGCCGGCUCUGGCGUCGCAGGCGUCUUGAUCGACGGCUUCACAGGGCUGGCGCCUCUUUUGAUAUCGAAAAGCGGCUUAUCCACCGCCGCAAUCAGAUUCUCCUUCCUCGACUCCACAGACUCUGUCUGGGACUCUUCCGUCCUGGUAGACAGCGGAUCACACGCAUUGGCCGUGUCUGCGCUCUUCCGACGCGCCCUGCGUGGACGAAACACUCUGGUCUUCUUGUUUGGCGAGGUCACCGGCUCUGGCCUUGGCUGGUCAUCGCUGAUUUUUGGCGGCGAUUGAGGAGCAUCGAAGUCGAGAACGCCGUCCAACGGGCCCUCAUUGCCCGCCGUGAACAGCCGCUCGUUCGCAUUGGGCGUGUCAGACAGAAUUGACUGCGCCCAUGUGCUGUUUUCCUCCUCGCCGGCCACCAAUGACGACAGCAGCUGCUUGUUCUUCUGCUUCGCCUGCUCUGUCUCGUCAAUUGCAUCCUCGAUGGGCCCCUGCGCUGGCUGCGGCUCAUCUCCGCUCUCUGUGCGCUGCGCGGU